AUGAUUGGCCAAAGAGUCGGUCUCUCGGCCGUGCGCCAGGUCGCAAAGAGCCCCAAUGCCCUUUUCCUGUCCCAGAACCUGCCUCGUCUGGCUAUGGGCAUGCAAGCUAGACCCGCUUCCACCACAAAACUCACCGAGGCCGAUGCCCAAUCCCUCCUCGCUUCCCAGCGCCGCAGCCGACCCGUAGCACCGCAUCUGCAGAUUUACGACCCCAGCCAGACCUUCUUCACCAGCUCCAUCUGGACGCGUAUCACGGGUAGCAUCUUCUCCGGCGGCCUCUACGUCUUUGGUGCCGCCUACCUCGUGGCUCCCCUGCUUGGCUGGCACCUCGAGUCGGCAUCCAUCGCCGCCGCAUUUGGUGCUCUCCCCGUCGCCGCCAAGGGCGCCCUCAAGUUCCUGCUCGCCUGGCCCUUUGUCGGCCACUGCGUGAACGGCAUCCGUCACCUUGUCUUUGACUUUGCCAAGGGCUUCAGCAAGUCUAACAUCAAGACCGUCGGCAACGUUCUUUGGGGCACCACUCUGGUUUCCGCCCUGGGUCUGGCUUUCCUUUUGUAA